CACGCGCGACGAGUUCACGACCAUCGUCCUGCCGGUGCUCUACCUCAUCAUCUUCCUGGCAAGCCUCCUGCUCAACGGGCUCGCCGUCUGGAUCUUCUUCCACAUCAGGAACAAAACCAGCUUCAUCUUUUACCUCAAGAACAUCGUGGUGGCGGACCUGCUCAUGACGCUGACGUUCCCGUUCAAGAUCGUCCAGGACUCGCAGCUGGGCCCGUGGCACUUCAACUCCUUCCUGUGCCGCUACACCACGGUCCUGUUCUACGCGAACAUGUACACCACCAUCGUCUUCCUGGGGCUCAUCAGCAUCGACCGCUACCUGAAGGUGGUGAAGCCCUUCGGCGACUCCAGGAUGUACAGCAUCACCUUCACCAAGGUCCUCUCGGCCUGCGUCUGGGUGGUCAUGGCCUUCCUGGCCUUGCCCAACCUCAUCCUCACCAACGGCUACCCGACGAGGACUAACGUCGACGACUGCCUCAAGCUCAAGUCGCCGCUGGGAGCCAAGUGGCACGCGGCCGUCGUCUACAUCAACACGGGCACCUUCGUGGUGGUGCUCACCGUGCUCAUCGGCUGCUACAUCGCCAUAUCCAGGUACAUUUACAGAUCCAGCAGGCAGUUCAUCAGCUCGUCCAGCAGGAAGCGCAAGCACAACCAGAGCAUUCGGGUGGUUGUGGCCGUGUUCUUCACCUGCUUUCUGCCCUACCACUUGUGCAGGAUGCCCUUCACUUUCAGCCACCUAGAUAAACUUCUAGAUGACUCUGCACAUAAAAUACUGUAUUACUGCAAGGAAAUGACACUGUUCCUGUCUGCAUGCAAUGUUUGCCUGGAUCCAAUAAUAUACUUCUUCAUGUGCAGAUCAUUUUCGCGAAGACUGUUCAGAAAGUCAAACAUGAGGACGAGGAGCGAGAGCAUCAGGUCCCUCCAGAGCGUCCGGAGGUCAGAGGUGCGGAUCUACCACGAGUACACGGACGUGUGAGGGCGCCCGACUUGGGAA